AUGAAUGCUUUUGAUGAUCGUAGCAAUGCUGUAUAUUGCAAGUGGCUGCAUCAACGAAAAUCAAAAUACACCCUUUGUGUCACUGAGUGGUGGGUGAGAGUGGUGGAUAUUAAUUUACAGCAGAUGCCAUAUGAAGUGGCAACUUUUUCAAACUGCAUUAAUUAUUCCUUUGAUUGUCAAGUUUUCCAAACAGAUAAUCCAUAUGCAUUUACGCCGCAUGGCUCAUCCAGUAUCUUUAUCAGCCAUUCAACUUUAUCUCAAAGCCAUUCUCAGUUUUAUGUUGCGAUAAGACUAUAUUGGUGGUGGCUAUGGUCUAAACACAGCAACAUGAGGUUUACUGUUGCGUACAUCGUACUUUCACUGGCUGCUUCGGCGGCCGCUCUUCCCAGUCAAUCCAACUUUGGAUCGGAUCCUUUUAGUAACUUUGGUUUCAGUCUUGACUCUGGAUACCCCACCGGACCACCUUCCGGACCCCCUCCUAACAUACCGGGCUUCCCAGGUGUACCUGUUCCAAAUGUAUCUGUCAGUACCCCAUGUGAUACUGCAACUCAGAAUCCAAAACCAGUCCCAACUGUACCUGUCGUUAGUACCCCAUGUAACACUGCAACUGCAACUCAGAAUCCAAAACCAGUCCCAACUGUACCUGUCGUUAGUACCCCAUGUAAUACUGCAACUGCAACUCAAAGUCCGAAACCAAUUCCAAGUGCAUCGAUUGGAUAUGAAAUACCGCCACCACUUUCGACCCAGAGCCCAAAACCGAUUCCGAGCCCAUCGAUUGGAUAUGGAACUCCACCCCCUCCUGCGACCCAGAGCCCAAAACCAAUCCCGAGCCCAUCGAUUGGAUAUGGAACUCCACCCCCUCCUGCGACUCAAAGCCCAAAACCAAUCCCGAGUCCGACUCCACCAAUUGGGUAUGGAACACCUCCUCCACCCCAAAACCCGAAACCGGUCCCGAGCUCACCAAUUGUACCUCCAAGCUCACCUCCACAGUAUCCAGCAGGUCCUAUUGUUCCACCUCCAAAAUCACCUCCACAGUAUCCAGCAGGUCCUAUUGUUCCACCUCCAAGUUCACCUCCACAGUAUCCAGCAGGUCCUGUUGGUCCACCUCCAAGCUCACCUCCACCAGGUGGCGACUUCCCUAAAGGAAACGCAGGCCCACCAACACCUGCUGUACCUCCCGAAGAUGAUUGUGAGGAAUACGAAGUUGAAGAUGAUUGCGAGGAUAGUCCCCCACCUAAAGGAAACGUGAGCCCACCUCCCCCUGGUGUACCUCCACCUGUUGGAACACCACCUGUUGGACCACCACCUGUUGGACCACCACCUGGCGGAAACAUUCCACUUCCAACCGUAGUUGGUAACCCUCCAGGCCAAACUCCUGAUAGUGGUUUAUAUGGUCCACCAUAUGAGACUCCAGGGUCUAAUAUAGUCACACCAGCUGGAACCCCAACACCAACACCAGGCGGUCAAAAUCCUGAUAGCAUUGGUCUACCGCCCUCCUCGCCUGCAAGUCCUCCUUCCGAUAAACCUGUACUCUCCUCCGCUGUCUCUCACGCAUCUUCAUUUGCUGCUGUUAUCUUUGCUGCCGCUGUCUUUUUCCUUUAA